AUGACUGUACCUACUCCCCUUCUCGAGGCGUUCCUCGCCGGCAUGCUCGUACUUUCGCAACCAGCUCGGGCCCAGCAUUACACCAACUGGACCCAACUCUCCCCAUGCGUGCAAUCAUGCUUCAGCACCUCGCUUCUCGAGGCCUUCGGGUCCUGCGGUUCCAUCCUCUCCAGCGGAGGCAAUGCCACGGGCGUCGACGAUUCUCCCAACACCCGACUACGGAGGUGCAUCUGCACGGAUUGCUCGUACCGCUCGACCUUGGGCGCGUGCCUGGAGAGCCAUUGCGCGGGGUCCGGUGGCGGGUCGAUCGACGAGAUUUUGAACUUGGAUGACCGGGCUUUUUGCAAUGCGAGCGUGGAUGCGAGGGUGCAGAUGUGGGAUCGCAAUUUGAUCUGGGUGGUUGAUCAGAGCGACGAUGGCGCUGGGACAGACAACCCUGCGAGCUCGUCGGGCAGCGCACAGGGGGUGCUUUGGACUUGUUCAGCGACCUCGAGCACUGUGGGUGAUGGAGGAACAGGAACGGCCAUCUCUAGAAGCAGCUCGACGUCGACAUCUCCAGCCACUGAUUCGGCCAUCCACACGGUGACUGUUCUAGCGACUCUAACGAUCAAUGCCAACGUCAACAUCGACAAUGACAUCGUCAAGCCAGGUCAAUUCUUCACACAAUAUCCCGGCCACGCCGACGAGCCCUGCGGUGUCGCUGAGCACGACAGCACUGUCAUUCACGUCUAUGUCGUCAAACGGCACUAUUGCUUCUGCGACAAACACCAGCGGGGCGGAGCCGCCAAUCCGUCUAUUCGGACCCGGAAUCCUUUUGGCGUUGGCUGUGUCUAA